CCACCAGUGCCACCCAUUGGUGAUGUAGGUAAUGUAGCCUUACAUCCCUAUCGUAGUUAUAGAAACGAUGUCUUGUUUAUCGUUUUUUCAAGCAAAAUCCAACUCGGAAACUUUGCUGUAUCAUAAUCAUCAAAGAAGGUAAACUGUGAAUACUCGAAAUGUUUUGGGGUUUCAGCGAAGCAUUGGACCUUUUCGAGGAGUACCGCAGCUCCCAAAAUGAAGACGAUAACCUACCAGCUGAAAUCAACAUUUUGCUGUUCGGGCUAGGUGAUCCACGACACGUGCUCAAGAGCGCUGCGAAAACUUUCAAACAUUCAACGAAGCUCAAUUUCUUCCUUGUGGAAGGAUGUGUGGAAUUGGUGGCAAGAAACCUCUUACUAAUGGCGAUUGCAUUCGAGAACCAACAGCUGCUGUCGCUGAGGGGAAAAACACAUCUUUUCAUGGAUGUGUUCGGAAACACAAUGUUGCGACCGUUUUCUAAUUGCUACAUCAACUCCAAGGCGAAGGUUUUGACUGACCUAAUUACAGAUAGCGAAUAUGCGGAAAAGAUUGCGCCGAUAUUUUCCUUUGAAGGUCUGAAAUACAAGGAACGGGAUCAUCUGGAGGACGUAUUUCGUUUUUGGAUAAAUCACGAGAAACACGUAUUCAAUGUCUCUCAUUGUUGGGAUGCAAGAGUGCGAGCAAUGUUAGGCACUAGGUAUGACAACAGAAUGGGUGCAUUCGAUUGGGAUUUACAUAUGAGGCUGAGAGAAAAUGGCGCGAAACAAAUCUGUCCCCAAGAGUAUAAGCAUUGGCGUGAAACAGGAAUAGCAUUUACGUUCCCAGAGUAUGGCCAAAGUGAUCCCAACAAAACAUUCGCUGUCGGGCUCAGCCGCAAUGGUGAAAGCUUCACGCACCGUGGCGUUGUUGGUGAUAUUACCACAGGACCUUACAUUUCUUUUGGAGUAAAUUGCCCCGAAGAAAAGUUGACUCAUUCGAUGCAUGGUGUGAAUGAUUUUCGUUCCACUGACAUCACCGAAAGAAACAUCUACGAAAUGAUGUACGAGCUGCAGGAGAAAAAUGAUUACGUGUUCAAUGAUAGAGAUAUUCACAAAUAUGGCUCAUAUGUGUUGGACACUGGGAAGCUAUUCAAUAAGGAUCAAACCAGAUCGGAGGCUGUCGGAGUAUGCCGAUAUGACCAACAGUUUAUACCAUGUGAAAGCAUAAAAAUACAUUUCCUUUCCGUCGAAGAUGUACUUAAAAUUCAGACGAAGCGCAAUCAUGAGAGAAAGUACGAUAUUGUCGUAAUCUCGAGCAAUUAUUUCUCGUUCCUCAAAGAAGACUUUUCGCGACUGUUCAACGAACACAGUCUAAUUUGCUUUGAAACAAUCCAAUUAACAAGCUUCAGCAAAGAUGAAAUUUCCAAACACACAGCCAAAAUAAAAGACUACGCAAAAGCCAUGACGCUCAAACCACUGACAAAUUUUGCCAUCAAUAAGCCCUACUCUGUUAUCAAAUACAAAUAUGCUCCCGAAACGCAAUAAAACCCCUACCAGUUUCGGUACGAACAAUCA